AUGACAAUGGCCAGAGGACUAUCUGCGUUGGUUCUGCUAAGCACAAUGAUUAUGAUUGAAACCCUAAAGAAUCCAGACAACAUCCCUCUGACUGAAGCUGGACUCGGUCAAACUGUGAUUCUGAACUGUAAUGCAUCUGGGUUUGAAAAUGGGUUGUUUUUUUGGUACAAGAUGAAUUAUGGCUAUAUGGUUCAAACAGUUGCUAAAGGCAGUUUUGGCAAAGUACAACUUGAAAAACACUUGGAAAACUCAACAUUCAAAGUUAAUAACAUGGGGAACAUGCAUUAUCUCACCAUCAGUAAUGUCAGCAAAGAGGACGAAGCAACAUAUUUAUGUCAAGCAGGAGGGGCAUACAAAAUGGCAUUUGUUAAUGGCACAAAUUUAGCUGUGAAUGAUUUUCAAAAUAAGAAGUCUUUCUAUGUGAAACAAACUUCAGGCAUAAAGUCUGUUUCACUUGGCACCGAAGUGACUCUGCAGUGUUCACUUCUCUCGGAGAAAAAAGAAAAAGAAAACACGGACCAGUGUGCUGAUGAACACAACGUGUUCUGGUUCAGAGCAGAAUCAGAAUCUAAUCCAGGAUUCAUCUAUGUUGAUAAAAAGCACUGCAGCACACAGGAAGGAGGCAGCUGUGAAUACCGCCUGUCUAAAACUAUCCAGAGCCCCUCGGAUACUGGAACAUACUACUGUGCUGUGGUCACAUGUGGGGAGAUCCUGUUUGGAGAAGGAACCAAAGUGGAGACAAGACAAGAAUUUUGCCUGUAUGCUAUUGUGCUCAGUGGAUUUUUGGCCUGUUCUGUACUUGUAAACAUCAUUUUUAUAAUCACAAGAAGAAAGCCAAAGCGGCCUCAGAAAAUUCCCAGAGGUAGGUUUGUUGCAUACAAAAUCCACACUAUUUGA